UGGUCUGGUCUGUCUGUGAUGACGGGCAUAGCAUACAUUGGAAGCAAGCAAAGAAUGAGGAGCUAGCCCUAACUAGAUUAGUCUUCCAACAUUGUCGGAAUUUCUACAUUCAAUCUCCAAAAUACAGCGUAAAACUGAUCUCAAAACAACGUUAUCGAAGGAACAUCAAGCGAGUCACUGGCAGCAGAAAACUGGAAGGAAAGGCGCCCAAAGGAGGUGCUGGCUUUGGGGACGACCAGUGAGAUAUACCUGCUGGAGCGCGUGCUACGGGUGGGUGUUGUUAUCGUGACCAGUGAGCUGAGGUCAUCUAACUGAACUAUAUCUGUCUUGACAUUGACUUCAUUGCUGUUGUUGCCACGUGAGCAGGACAAUAUGAGUGGAGAGAGGGAAACGUUGAUGGAGGAAAUGGAACAGAGUUUAUACACUUUAACCAACGACAGUUUACGCUGCCUGUGUGAACGCAGUGGAAUAGGUGGCAAGGAUGGCUCUGAUGUUCAAGGAAAGAAUCACCAUCACUCAUUGUGCCGUAAAAUCCUGGAGGAACUUGGGAAAAAUGCAGAUUCAAUGGAAUCGGAGGAGCAGGGAAUGUCUUGGUUACUCCGACUGAAAGAGGACAUCAGAAAGAUACAGGAGGAUUGUAUCGGUGCACCUUUGAGUCCCAGCCAAUCCAUUGAUGAUAAUGCUGUAGACUGUGAUGAAGAAGGGAACCAGAAGGACAUGGAUUGGUUACCUAGCAAAAGGUUGGAGGGGGAACCCAUGAGUCCCAGCCAAUCCUUUGAUGACGAGGAUGCUGUUGACUGCGAUGAAGAAUGUGUGAAGGACAGGGAUUUGUUGCCUAGCAAAGGGCUGGAGGCAGAACCAGCACCAGAGAGACACACACCAGAGCAGAGGGAGGAGAGCGUGAGUGGGUCCCCCUCUCUGUCCUCUCCUGGUAAUGCCUUACUGCUGGGUCUGAAGAGGGUGUCUGUGCAGCUGGUCGACUGCAGGAAAACACCAGGGUUGAGAGGAACUGCUGGAGGAGAUGAGGAGGAGGAAGGAGACGUGAUUCAUCAAAGAGAGAGACGUGGCAACCGUGGAUCUUCUGGGGAGCCUCAACAACAACCUCAUGCUGACAACACAGACUGGAGUCUCCCCACAUCAAAACACCUCAAUAAACAACUGCAGAGACAUACAGGGAAGAAACCACACCACUGCUGCUCUGAGUGUGGGAAGACUUUCGGCUGUCCAGCGACUCUCAAAAUGCACAGAAGAAUCCAUACAAGAGAGAAACCUUACCGCUGCUCACAGUGUGGGGAGACUUUCAGUCAAAAAAUUACUCUUAAGAUUCACCAGCAGAUGCACACUGGGAAGAAACCUCACCACUGCUCUGACUGCGGAAUGAGUUUCAGUGUUUUAUCAAGCUUGAAAAUCCAUCAAAGCACCCACACUGAAAAUAAACUAUUCCAAUGCUCCAAGUGUGGGAAAGGUUUUGCAAACAACCACUAUCGAAAAAUACAUGAGAAAACGGUACAUGAGCCUCCCGCAGAAAGGUCUUACCACUGCUCUGACUGCGGGAAGAGCUACAGUUUUUUAUCAACCUUCAAAAACCAUCAAAGAAAACACACAGGAGAGAAACCAUUCCAAUGCUCCAAGUGCGAGAAAAGUUUUGCUCAGAAAUCCACUCUAAAAGCCCACGAGCAAACACACAUGCCUGCUGCAGAAAGGCCUUACCAAUGCCUAUUCUGUGAGAAGAAGUUUUGUAUUUCGGCAUCCUUUAAUUUCCAUAUGAGAAUGCAUACUGAAGAAAAACCAUUCCAAUGUUCCGUCUGCGGAAUGCGGUUCAUUCACGCCAGUUUACUGAAAGCACACAAACAUAAACACAAGCCCUCUGCCGAAAGGCCCUUCCACUGCUCUAAAUGUGGGGCAUGUUUUACUACAAAAGGUAAUCUUAAAUUUCACCAGCUGACCCACGACCGGGGAGAGAGAACUUACCGCUGUUCUGAGUGUGGGCAUUGUUUCUCUCAUCCGAUAUAUCUGAAGAAACACCAGAAAAGGCACAGUAAAGAGAAGUCCAUUGUCUGCGACCUCUGCGGGAAGACCUUCAACCAUCCAAGCAACUUCAGAACACACAUGAAGAUACACCAAGGAGUGAAACCGUACCACUGCUCCGACUGUGGCAGGAGCUUUGUAUUCCGCCAAGGUUUAACAACACACCAGCGUGUGCACACCGGAGAGCUGCCUUACGUCUGUGAUCAAUGUGGAAAGAGGUUUUCUCAGUACAAUUCUUUGGUGAUUCACCAGCGAACACACACUGGGGAGAAACCUUACCCAUGCUUUGUCUGUGGGAAGAGCUUCAGUCGGUCACAAAACCUGGCUGCACACAAGAGAACUCAUACUGGAGAGAAGCCUCACGCCUGUGAUCAGUGCGGGAAGAGGUUUUCCCGAACUGACGCACUGGCUGUACACAAGCGCACUCACACUGGAGAGAAGCCUUACAGCUGUGAUAUAUGCAAGGAGAGGUUCACCUAUUUAGUAGCCAUGUUGAAACAUAAGAAAGGACAUGGACAUCCUGCAGGUGAUGUACUCUGUGCAGAAUGGCCUCAGGAUGAUUCUAGCUCUGUUUAUGAAUAGAGAGAACUUUGUGUUGUAACUUGCAGAAGACCUCAUCAAUUUGUCGUUUUACUUACAAUCUAACCCCCAGAGAGAGAGAGACACAAACACUCUCACACGCAGACAAACCCAGAGGGCGGCAGGUAGCCUUGCAAUUAAGAGCGUUUGGCCGGUAACCGAAAGAUCGCUGGUUCGAAUCCCCGAGCCGGCAAAGGUUAGAAGAAAAAUGUGCUGUUCUGGCCUUGAGCAAGCCAGUUAGCCCCCGACAACUCCUCCCCGGGAACAUAUGAAGUGGAUUAAGGCAGCCCGCCACACCUCUUUGAUUCAGAGGGUUCAGAUACGGAAGGUUGAAGGCAUUUAGUUGUGCAACUGGCUAGUUAUCCCUAAUUUAUUUUCCACCCAGAGGAAUUGGGAGCACAGAGUGGUUUUUGAGAGUGGUUACUACGGUUUUUGAGAGUAGUUACUAUGUUUCCUCCGCAUUGGACUGAAUCACAAAACAAGGAUUUGUGGCUUUUAAAUUGUCUGAAAUCACAGUGUUGUGUUUUAUGCAUACACACCUGACAGGUAUAGGAUCAGGUUCUCCUCCGCAAAUCCUAUUAUUAAGCAUUAGUGGCAAAAAUGCUACAAGAUCAGCAUCUAGGGGCAACUUCACCCAACACUUUCCCCUUCCCUGGGGGCUGUUCCAGAUGGCAGAUUCAUUGAGUUACUCUACUAAAUAUUCUGAAGUAUCAUAUUUUUUUAGACAAAUAUAGACUUGAAAUUGGCAUGGUGUCAUUAACUUGAAACCAGCAACACAUGUUCAUGUUUAGCUUUCAAAAUAAACCCCUGAUUUAAGAGAUCAAAUGGUUUUAAGGAUCUGGUCUCUGGAACUCCCCGCUGCUCCCAGUCACAGUAACGCAAGAGUCAAUUCCACCAUGCCAAUUUCAAGUCCUUAUAUUCUUUUACCAGUAUGGUUAAGUUAUUUCAGAAUAUUUAGGACUAAAUAUGUUUCCAUGGUAACUUAAAUCUUCAUGCAGAUUUCAUGUGAACAUUUGAGAUAAAUUCCUUUAUUGCAAGACAUAAAUCUUUAUCAAUGAAACUAACCAGGAUAAAAUGUGAAGUUUAAAGGUGUAAUUAAAUGAAAAUACAUGUCUUA